AUGCUUCCAGAUACAGAGGUGGAUUUAAACGACGAAGAAGUGGAGCCGGCAAAAAAUGUGUUAAGUUCUGAAUAUAGAAACACGACUCUGGAUCCUGCUUCAAGGCAGUUGUAUAAUUUCAAAUUGCGUCAUAAGGAGUCUAUCGGUAUACUGACUGAUAGCACAGGCAUACCAGUCGAUCUAAGAGACACCAACACAAUCAACUCAGACCUCCUCUCUAACAGGUUUUACCUUGACAGUGUCCUUCACUUUGACAGAGAGCGAAUACCAGAACGAAUAGUCCACGCAAAGGGUUCUGGUGCUUUCGGCUAUUUUGAAGUUACCCACGAUGUCUCUAAAUAUACUAAAGCAGAUGUAUUCAACGAUAUUGGAAAGAAGACACCACUUGUUGCCAGAUUUUCUCCCAUUAUUCAAAAUCUUGGUGGCUCAGACCUCGCCAGAGAAUCCAGGGGUUUUGCUGUAAAAAUGUACACUAAGGAAGGGAACUUAGAUCUACUAGGAGCACAUAUUCCAGUGUUUUUUUUUAGAGACUCUCUUCUAUUCCCCUCUUUUGUUCACAGUUUUAAGAGAAACCCUCGUACAGAUCUUAUUGACAACAAUAUGCGCUGGGAUUUCCUUUCACUCAGGCCAGAAUCAAUACAUGCCUUCUUGUGGCUCCUGUCAGAUUAUGGAAUACCAAAUGGUUACAGGCACAUGGAUGGCUACCCAACACAUACUUUCGUUCUCAAUAACAAACAUGGCGAGAGUUAUUAUGUCAGAUUUAACUUUAGCACAGAACAAGGAUUAGAAAAUCUGUCCAGUGAAGCUGCGAUGGAAAUACAAGGGCGUGAUCUUGACUAUUUUACAAGGGAUCUUUACAAUGCCAUUGAAAAUAAAAUGUAUCCGGCGUGGAAAUUACAAAUGGAUGUUAUGACAAGAGAUGAUAUAAAACAUGUUAAUUUUAAUCCGUUCGAUGUCACACGACAAUGGCCAAAAUGGAGCUACCACACAGUCCCGAUAGGUAGAAUGGUGUUGAAUAAGAACCCAGACAACGUUUUUGAAUCAAUGGAGCAAGUAGCAUUCGAUCCUUCCAAUACAGUUCCUGGAAUUCCUGGUCCUCAAGACCAAAUGUUCAGAGGACGCCAUUUGUUAUAUCGUGACGCAGCCAACCAUAGAGUAGGGAUAAACCACGGUAAAAUGGACGUUAACUGUCCUAAAUACGCUAAAACAUAUUUGAGAGAUGGCGUCGCGCCAGUUAAUGACAAUAUGGGUGAUGCUCCAAAUUAUUUUCCUAAUUCGUACAGCGGCCCAAUGCCUUACAUUGACCAAGAUAGACCUCGUGAAAGGUUGAUUGAGUACGAGAGCAGUGCUGCCGAUUUACAACCAGCUGCAAACUUCUACAAUCAUUACGUGGCUGAUGAAGGUCACAGGCGACGCUUGGCGAAGAAUGCCGCGGAGACAUUGGCCACUGUGACUCCUCCAGUUCUUAAACGAGUAUUGAAGUUGUUAACACUGAUUGAUAUUGAUUUAGGAAAAAGAGUGACUAUGGCUUUGCCUGAAGCGAGAGCUAAGAAUGCCAGACAUUAA